UCCCUAACCCCUCCCGCGGGGGGACGGCCAGGUAAACAUCCAAGAUGGCGGCGGCGGAGAGUGCAGGCCCGGCGGCGGCGCCGGGGGAGCCGCGGGGCGCGGCGGAGGCCGACGCCGCUGGGAUGGGCCUGACGGACCUGCCGGGCGAACUGCUGGAGCUGAUCCUUUGUUGCGACGUGCUGGGAGCCGCCGACAUCGGGCGGGUGUCGUGCACCUGCCGCCGGCUGCGUGAGGCGUGCCAGCCCCGCGGCAAGGUGUGGCGGGAACGCUUUCGCCUCAGAUGGCCAUCACUGCUGAAAUACUAUAGCCACACGGAUGGUGUUAGCUGGCUUGAAGAAUACAAAGCACGGCACAAUGCUGGUCUAGAAGCCCAGAGAAUUGUAGCUUCAUUCUCCAAAAGGUUCUUUUCAGAACAUGUCCCCUGCGAUGGAUUCAGUGACAUUGAGACUCUCGGCUGCCCAAGUCAUUUUUUUGAAGAUGAACUGAUGUGUAUCCUUAACAUGGAAGGAAGGAAAGGUCUCACCUGGAAGUACUAUGCAAAGAAAAUUCUAUACUUCCUACGGCAACAGAAUAUAUUAAAAAAUCUGAAGGAGUACCUUCAACGCCCGACUGAUCGGCAGUCAUUUUUGGAGGGUGCUGUUUUAAUUGAUCAAUAUUGUAACCCGCUGUCAGACAUCUGCUUAAAAAGUGUCCAGGCGCAGGUGGAUGAUAUCACAGAUAAAGUGCGCAAAGUCCUGCGGACAAAAAAUCCAAGGCACCCCAGCUUGGCUUCCAAGGCAGGAGAGGUCCUGAUUCCAGAAGUGGAGCUUCAGCGGCAGGUACUUGAUGCUAUGAAUUGUGUCCUGUAUGAGCAGUUAAAAUACAAAGGAAACGAGCUGGAUUACUAUAACUCCCUGAAUUCAUACAUUCACCAGGUUUUGAUCCGCAGGACAGGAAUUCCCAUCAGUUUGUCUGUGCUUUAUUUAACAAUUGCCAGGCAGCUAGGAGUCAAGCUUGAACCGGUCAACUUCCCGAGCCAUUUUCUGCUGCGAUGGUGUCAAGGAAAAGAAGGAAGCACAGAUAUUUUUGACUACACCUACAUUGAUGCCUUUGGGAAGGGGAAGCAGCUGACGGUGAAGGAGUGCGAGUACCUCAUUGGCCACCAUGUGACAGAGGAGUUCUAUGGAGUGGUGACUUCAAAAGAGGUCUUGCAGCGUAUGGUGGGAAAUCUCUUAAACCUUGGCAAGCGAGAAAGCACUGAUCAGUCUUACCAACUCUUGAGAGACUCGUUGGAUCUAUACCUGGCCAUGUAUCCGGACAAUGUGCAGCAUCUAAUGCUCCAGGCUAGGUUAUACUUCCACCUGGGAAUCUGGCCAGAAAAGGUUCUGGACAUCUUGCAGCAUAUUCAGGCUUUGGACCCAUCCCAGCAUGGGGCUGUCGGGUACUUAGUUCAACAUACCCUAGAGCAUAUUGAGCGCCGGAAGGAGGAAGCGGGACCUGAGGUGAAGCACCGUUCAGAUGAGAAGCACAAAGAGGUCUGCUUUUCAAUCGGGCUGAUUAUGAAACACAAGAGAUACGGCUAUAACUGUGUGAUUUAUGGCUGGGAUCCCGCCUGCAUGAUGGGGCAUGAAUGGAUCCGGAAUAUGAACGUCCACAGCCUUCCACGUGGCCCCCACCAGCCUUUCUACAAUGUGCUAGUGGAAGAUGGCUCUUGCAGAUAUGCUGCUCAAGAGAACCUGGAAUAUAACUCUGAGCCUCGGGAGAUCCCUCAUCCUGACAUCGGCCGCUAUUUUUCAGAGUUUACUGGCAUUCACUACCUACCAAAUACUGAGCUAGAAACUCGGUACCCAGAGGAUUUGGAGCUCACACGUGCCACAGUUCAGAAGAUCUACAGUUCAGGCCUGGGAAAGAGCCCCAGCAACAAAAACAGAAGCAGCUCGGCUUCUGCUUCCGGAGGUGGCAAGUGCACUGAGGUCCAGUUGGCCACCUCACUGAUGGAUACAAACUCUCCUAAUGCAGAAGACGAGCUUCUAGCCCUUUUUCAUGCCUGCUAAACACACCCAGUCCCUGUUCCUACCUUGUUGUCUGGUCUGUUCAUUGUGUAUGUCCAAGCCAGGAUCUGUAGCACAGCUGUCAGUGCUCCCAGGAUGAUUUUGGACCUCAUGGCACUGUUUCAUGGAAGCCUUGAGGUCAGUACCAGAAUGACUUUGAUGUAUGGGGAGCUUCCACUCGCUGCCGUCUCCAAUCUAUAGGUAUUUAUGCAAUACAGUGGGACUGUGACUGGAAACCGGCCAACCCUGGAGUCAGCAAAACCGUGUAUGGAAGAGAGAUGUUAAUUCCUGCAGCUUGAGGCCUUCUUCCUUUUUGCCAAAAAAGAACAGAUUUUGGGGGAGCGCAUACUCCGCUGCCCAGGAGGGAAGAGCUUUAGCAGCUCAAGGCACAUGAAUUCCUACAUGACUUAAAGGCCCACUUUAAGUGCAGAACCACUGCAGAGAAGGUUUUCCUCUGGGCUCAGGGAUUACAGGGUGCAGAGUGACGCAGUGUUUGUGCAUACACAGAGCCUGCAUAUCUUUGUGGUUCGUGAAUUAACAGCUAUAGACUAGCUGCAGCUAGUGUCUCCUGUCACUGUCCACUUGCAAUACAGUAGUUACAUCAGAGAUGAGAAUUAGGUACUGUGCCCUGUAGAGUUAGGUGGAUGCUCUUAGUCUAUUAUAGCACUUCAGGUAUCGCCACGUGAAAUCACACAGCCCUCCUCUUAGAAGAAUGCUUGAACUGCAUGCCGUCCUGUUGAAAUACUGAGCACUGAUUAAAUAUGAGAAAUAAAUACUGAAAGCCCAGCGCUUUUGCCAGCGGAGUGGUGGUGGUCUGCAGAAAUCCUGGUGCUUUAGGAGGAAUAGCCCUGCGUGGUUAGUGUCGAGGAAUGGUGAAGGUGGUGUGCUCUGAGUAGAACUGUGUCUUUAAAGAAGUCUGUACUGAAAUGAGCUUGGAGGGAGGGAAGGAGGAAGGGACUGGAGAAUUGCUACAGAAGCAGAAUGGGUCCAACUGAAAGCAGGGUAGGGGGUCAUUAGGGAAAAUCUUAAAAUCCAUCUCUUGGUUUUGAGGGUUGAAGUAGACCCCAACCCUUUCUGAGGGUUGAAAGCAGUUCCCAAAAGAUUCCAGGAAGAGAUGCAAGGUUGGGAACGGGACUUCUGAGUCACAAGGUUGAUGCUGGCAGCUGAGAACAGGCAUGCAGGCACAGCGCUUGGACUCCCCAUUCCGAGCCCCAGCUUUGAUGAGGCUAGCUCUGUGACAGCGCAGGUAUUAGUGAGUUUCCCGGGGCUUUACGCUCCCCUCUGCCAAACGGGCAGUCUGCUGACACCUUGCCCCUCUCAAGUGUCUCAAGAGAAUUGCCACAUACCGAGCUCGUAGGAGUCCUGAGCAAGAGGUGCUGCCUGGAUGCCAGGUACAAUCGUGCCAUUAAAAAAAAGCCGCAGGAGUCAACAGAAAGCUGCCCAAAGUUUCUCUGAAAGCUGGUGCUGGACAGUGCAUACCCAACCCACUUGAAAACAAGCUGUGUACUUUAAGAUGGGCGUCCCAGAGUAGCCAUCAGAGCCCUUUAUACCCAUCUUUCUGGGGCCACCCUAUGUUUACACUCUGAAAAGGGUCUGGACAAGGAGGAAGCAUGGGAGCCGCUGUUCACGCGCACUUCCCUCACCCACAGUCCCUUAACCAUUUCCGUUUUUGCGUGGGGUGCAAAAGGGGAGUGUUACUCUGCAAUAGGGGACAGAAGUGCUCAAGUGACACAUGUACGCAAGGCAACCCAGCCAGCCCUGUACCUGAAACCUCUCAUCCCUUCAGCAAAUGUUUUGUAGAGAAACUGUGUCCUCAGGCAGGUCUACCUGCCUGCCUUGCUGCGCAGACCAUGUUGGUGCACAGUUAUGUGGGCGCUUGUGUUGUCUAGGAGCGCCGACACAGCCUUGCACGUGCCAAAUUGGGAAGAGACUGGAGGCAUUUCAGUAGGCACCGCACAAUGUCAGCACAGGGUCCAAGUCUGAUUCUGGGACUUCAGACAAAACCAAAGGAAACUGUCUAUAAAGGCUCCCCCUUUUUACCCUGUUUGGUUAGGCAUGCCCGUUGCCUCGGUCUGUUCCUGUGGGGUAGGCUGUGUUGCGUGCCAUGGAGGAGACCUCAGCCAAGUGUCCAGGGUGGCCAGGGAAAGAUGAAAAAACCCACAAUGAGAUCUCUCCCUCUCUCUCUCUCUCCCCUGCCCCCCCGCCCCAUGAGCAACCUCGAAACACCUCCUUGGCUUGAUGGAGGUCACGUCAGGUGUUUGCCUGUGCCUCAGGCGGCUCUUCUCUCCCCUCCUCCCCUCCUAGCAGCGCAGGUGUCUGCAGUCACCAUUUCCCGAGAAGACAGCAGUGGAUCGCAAACGUUCCUUGUAUCCGUGAGUGGUGUCUGGGUCCACAUGAGUGUACAUAUGUUAAAGAUGAUACGUGUGCAUAUACAUUGGGAUUUGUCCUGUCGUGUCUGUGCAGAGUUCCCUCAUGGGAAAGGGAUGUUUUGCAAGGUGGCAUUGCCACCCUUCUUUUACCUGACUUCCCUCACCCACCCUCCCACUGAGCAGAAAGACUGUCCUGGCUGGUCUGGGGCAGUACCAAAGUCCUCUGGUUCUGAGUCCCCUGGGGACGGAAGGGUGGGUUUCCUGCAGCUGAUACUAUCUUCUCCCUUUCCUUUCUGUGUCAUCGGCCAUCUGGCCUCUGGACAGAAGAGCCAGGGUGCUAUAAUGUUAAAAUGGCUUUCUGGAGCGUGAAGGAACAAAAUACGGAGUGGGGGAAGAGGAGGCUGGGAGGGGGCAGGAAGCAAGUAGUAAUCGCUGUCUGGAGCGUUUGGGAAAUGGCACAGAGCGCCGAGCAGCAGCCAUGGGCUGGUUUUGAGCGGUGCCACUGGGUCUCGGGGCUCAGGUAGGUUUUAAGGGUAGUGCCCUUCCCAGACUUCCCCUAGCAGGGAGUGAGGGCUGUUGGCAACAGCCUCUUUGGGGGAGGUUCGUCCUCCCUUACAGGAUGUCUUGAUGUGCUGCUGCUUGUGAGGGGCUGAAGACUCUCCACCAGCAAGGGGUGUUCCCUCGGGCAGGGGAGGGACAGCUGAUGGUGCAGCAUCCUCUUGGGAAGCCCUUCCAACCCCUCUGGCCCCACCCUGACACACAGGGCCAGUGGGGACACACUUGGAGUGCCCUGAUGGCCCCCAGCGCCGCGGGCAUGGAGCGUGGCCUCUGAUGACCCGUGGCAGUUUGGCACCAACAUUUACAGGAAGAACGGAGGGCCCAAGACCCGCCGUGCCAGGCAGCCCUGGCUCCAGUGGGUGGAGAGCUGCAUCCUCUGGGGCUCUGCUGCUGAGCACAGAUGGGCAAGGGCAGGAAGGACUACUUUGGGCUAUAGGAGGGCCCUGGGGAUCUUCUGGUCCCUUCCAGGCCACCUUCACAUUUCCAUCAGGUGGCUCAGGGUAGUGUCCUGACGAGUUUUGAGCAUCUCCAAGGGCUGUCACAGCCCCGUGGGCCCUACCUACCUGGCUGGUGGCACUUCCCCCCACAUGAGGACACAGGGACUGCCUGUGUAGGCAAGGGCAGAGUGGUGCAAGUGUUACCCCUCACUCCUGCUCUUGGGGUGGCUGCAAGAUGCCUGGGCUGGGCAAAAAGGCACAUUUGAUGAAAAAUUGUCUGCCCCAGGCCUGAAGGGUGAGGACCCCUGAGCCCCAGGCUCCUCCUGACACUGACAGCAGAAGUUGGGGGAUGGGGACAUCUGUCUUUUUUUUUUUUUUUUUAAACAGGUAUUUUAUUGGAUCUGGGGCAGCUGGGCCUGGAAAUGAUUUGGUUCCUUUCCUGUUUAUACUUGGCUUUUAAAAAAAUAAACCACACUGACUUGC